AGGCGAUCCGAGCUGGGAUCAGAAGUUGACACCGUCUCCACCGAAUCCAGCUCAUUUUCCUUUCCUGGAAGACUGUUCGACAUAAUUUUGGAGCUGUGACUACAAGGAGCGAUCGACUUGGUUCGACGGUUGUGUCGUGAGGCGAUCCGAACGGGGAUCACAAGUCGAUAUCGUCUCCAUUGGAACCGGAUCACUCCCUUCUUCUGGUAUCUUCGGCGUAUACUUGGAUCUAUGUAA